CUCUUUUUAUGAUGCGGACAACCAAUCGUAACACCGAAUGCGUGCCACUCGCCCACUCUCUCUCUCCCUUGAAAUCCUUAUAAAAAUACGUCGAUCCCUUUGUGCCUCUCUUUCUUUUAUCAUACCUCUUUUCACCUAUUGUAUAUCUUGUUUUCAUGCGGUCUUUACCAUUAUUACCAUCAUUACUGCUCACUGUAGUAAUAUCACUUAUUGCGACAACAGUGAAAGCACAACCGAAUCCUCACUAUGUAGCGUUGUUGAACGACUCCAUGUGGUUCUAUGAAGCACAACAAAGCGGACGACUCCCUUCAACACAUCGUGUACCUUGGCGAGGUGACUCAGCACUCAAUGACGGUAGCGAUAACAACAUAGACUUGGUGGGCGGUUAUUACGAUGCAGGAGACUAUCUCAAGUUCACGUUACCACUAUCCCAUUCUAUUGCAUUAAUUGCAUGGGGAGGCAUUGAAUGGUUCGAUGGCUAUCAAAAAGCCAACCAAACCGAGUACCUCCGUAACACGGUCCGGUGGGGAACGGACUGGCUCAUGAAAGCGCAUCCUAGCGACAAUGAGCUCUACGUCCAAGUGGGUGAUGGCGAGAUUGACAACAAUUAUUGGGGACCUGACACGGGUAUACCCUCGGACCGCCCGUCGUACAAAAUCACAUCCGACGCGCCAGGCACCGAUAUUGCAGCACUCACUGCAGCCGCCUUUGCAGCCUCUUCCUAUUUAUUUCGAAACCAGCUAAACGACACCAGCUAUGCCGACGCGUUGCAAAGCCAUGCCGAGUCGCUGUACAACUUUGCCGAGACCGCACAGCCCAUGCAACUGUACACAGAAGCCGUUUCCGCAUCCAAAGACUAUUAUGAAGCCACAACCUACACAAGCCCACUCGUGUUUGCUGCGCUGUGGCUUUUCCGUGCCACUGGCAACACCAGUUACCGGGACAAGGCGUCAAACUACUUUGAUCAGUUCAAGUUGGGGUCAAUGCAGGUGGAUGUCAUGGAUUGGAGUGACCAGACCGGUGCGGUGUAUGUCCUGGGUGCCCAAUUGGAUGGGAGCAAUACGAAAUACAAGGAUGCAGCCAAAAAGUAUCUCGAUACUCUGAUCAACGGUGGUGAUCCCUGUUCCUAUACCAGUGGUGGAUUGUUAUGGUGUGGCGGUGAUAGCGAUCUCAAUUCGUUGGUCCCUGCACAGGACACGGCCCUGUUGGCGUUGUUGUAUGGCAAGAUUGAUUCACCCGAAGCGGAUUAUACCGACUUUGCCACUAGUCAGAUCAAGUACAUGUUGGGUGACAAUCGCAUGCUGACGCCCUAUGUAUGCGGUGUGCAUAUGAAUUCGCCACACAACCCACACCAUGCUGGUGCAUCGGGCGGCACAGAUAUUAGCAACAUUGAAACCUCUCCACCCGAAGAAAAGUAUCUUUUAUAUGGAGCCAUUGUCGGUGGACCAGAUCAAGAAGAUAAGUUUUAUGACGAACGCAACGACUGGGCCCAGACCGAAGUGGCUUUGGAUUACAAUGCACCGUUCUUGGGCCUUAUUGCACGACAACUUAGUGCGGACACGACCGAAGACCCGCCGUAUGUCAGUAUCACAGAACCAAGACCCUAUGUCACUCGCUCGGUUCGUCUGGAGAAAUGGCUGGUAGCCGUGAUUGUCAUUGUCUGUAUUUUUGUUGUUGCUGGCUUACUCUACCUGUGUUGGUGCAAACGGCAUGCGAUGGCUAAUUCUUGGCGAGCAAAACAAAAUAACAAGGCUGAAGCUGUAUAGAGCUAGUACUACUACAUAGGGUUUGUUUUUCUUUUUGUUUAGAGUAAUUACCACUUAUUACAUCCUCGAAAAAAAUGUUUCUUUUUAUGUAGUUUUGUAAAUUACUCAAAAUUGUUAUAAAUUUAAUUUCGAAAGAUAUUCUUUCUAU